CAGGAGCUAGGCACGUGUCUCUGAGUCCCUCUGCACAGAGAAGCAAGACGGACGCGCGGGACGGCGGGAAAGCUGAGGGCUGUUUUCUGCUGCGUUCUCAGCGCGCGUUGCUCCUCAAUAGUCAUUCAGCGCCUCUUUGGGGACUUUCCCUGAGCAUCCAGGUACAGACCCUGGCGAGUCUGUACAGGGCCCAGCGCCCGUGACAGCGCUAGGACCCAGGCGGACCGCGAGGAGCGAAUCCUUGUGAGUCGGUGCACCUCAGUCUGGGUUGAGGAAACGCUGUGAAUGAGGCUGCGGCGCGCGUGUGAAGUGAAUGGCUCGCGUGCGUUGGGAGAGUGGCCACGGAGCAAGGCGCUCGCGGAUCCGCGGCAACGGCACCUAUAGCAGCAGCAGCAGCAGUUCCUAGGGGGUCUCUCGCCACCUGCCCGCGGACGCAGCGCUGAGGACAAGGCCAACCUAAACUUCAAUGCCAAAUUUUUCAAGGGAGGGAAACGUUUUGGAGCUUUGAAUGGAUAAACACCUGCCAAUGGCUGAAGCACAUAAGCAGAACAGAAGAAAUGCUAGCAGAAACUUUCAAGCUCAAAUGUAAUGGAUCUUCAUGGGGCAACUCAGGUGCAUAGCGUAAUGUCCAUGCUGUGCUACACUCUGAUUAUAGCGUUUCUGAUCGGCAUAUGGGCAGCACCAAAAUCCGAAGAUAAUGCACCACUUGGUUCUCCUGCAACAUCUGACAUUUCUGAAAGCAGCUGGACUAAAGCACACCAUGUUGUGAAAACGGCUCAGCACAGAGACCACAGUCAGCCUGUUACUGGGAGGGUAGAGGACAGGGAAACUGGGCAAUCUGCAAACAUCAUUGUGGAUCCAAAGCUUUUUCAGAAGAGGCGAUUCCAAUCCCCUCGGGUUUUAUUCAGUACUCAGCCUCCUCCGUUGUCAAGGGAUGGACAGAGUGUGGAGCUUCUAGACAGCACGGACUCGCUCAGCAGGAAUAUCCGAGCCAAGCGUGCGACUCACCCCGUGCACAACCGUGGAGAGUACUCUGUGUGUGACAGUAUUAGUGUGUGGGUUGCCAACAAAACCACAGCCACAGACAUCAAAGGCAAAGAGGUGGCUGUGUUGGUGGAUGUGAACCUUAACAACAAUGCUUAUAAGCAGUACUUUUUUGAGACCAAGUGCAGAGACCCUAAACCAGUCUCCAGUGGGUGCAGAGGUAUUGAUGCCAGGCAUUGGAAUUCCUACUGCACCACUACACACACCUUUGUCAAGGCACUGACCAUGGAAGGCAAGCAGGCAGCCUGGCGCUUCAUUCGGAUUGACACUGCCUGUGUGUGCGUAAUCAGUAGGAAAGCAGAGAACCUCUGAGAUAGACCAACCCCCUAUACCCACCUCCUCCCAGUCCCCUACCUCAUUCUGUAAAUUAUUUUAAGUUAUGAGGACUCUAUGGUAUAUUUAUAGUAAAGAAAUGAAUCCUCAUUAUUUAUUAAACUCUUUUGAAACCC